AUGGCUCGCCGUAGCUCCGGUGGAAGAUCUGCCCGUCCUGCUCCUCGUGCAACAUCAGCUCGUCCAGCUCCAGUUCACCAUACUCCUCCAUCCCCUGCUCAGAGUGGUGGUGGCAUUUUAUCAACCAUAGCCGAAGGCAUGGCUUUUGGCACUGGAAGUGCAGUGGCACACAGGGCUGUGGAUGCAAUAAUGGGUCCUCGUACUAUUCAACAUGAAGCAGUUGUCACCGAGGCUGCUGCUGCUGCUGCUGCACCUGCACCCACUGCAAAUACUUUUGGCAGCGAUGCAUGCAAUGUUCCUACAAAGGCAUUCCACGACUGCAUAAACAGCUAUGGAAACGACAUUAGCAAGUGCCAGUUUUACAUGGAUAUGCUAGCAGAAUGCAGAAAGAACUCUGGAGCCUCAUUGAGUGCUGCAUAG